GAAAGACAUAAAUAGCAGUCAUUGGGGUAAAACCCUAAACCCUCUCCAAAUCUUGAGUGCAGAAAUGGGAAAGAAGAAGAAGAGAGCCGAAGAGGAACCUCUCAAUACAGACAACAUCAAAGAAGAGCAAAAUGAUCUGAACGGGGAUUCGCAGAAGAAGAAAAAGAAAAAGAAGAAGAAAUGGAAAGAGGAGGAAAAACCCACAGUUUCGAUAGCACUACCUGGCUCUAUCAUUGACAACACUCAGUCACUCGAACUCGCUACUAGGUUGGCUGGCCAGAUUGCUCGUGCUUCCACCAUUUUUCGGAUAGAUGAGGUUGUUGUAUUUGACAACUUAAGUAGUUCAGUGGACAGUUCAGAUCUGACGAUGGAGGACGGGUCACAUGACGAUGAAAGUGGCGCAGCAUUUCUUCUAAGGAUUUUGAAGUAUAUGGAGACACCUCAAUAUCUUCGGAAGAGUCUUUUCCCCAUGCACAACAAUUUAAGAUAUGUGGGUUCGUUGCCACCACUUGAUGCCCCACAUCAUUUGCGGAAGCAUGAAUGGGCACCCUAUCGAGAAGGUGUCACACUAAAGGAUCGAAAUUUAACAUCUGGGAGAACACUUGUUGACGUUGGGCUUAGCAAGCCUGUUGCAAUUGAUCAAGUCAUUGACCCAGGAAUAAGGGUGACAGUAUCCAUGGGAACAGAGAGAAACUUCAAUGCAGACAUACCGCAUCAGGUCGUCUCUUCUUCCACACCUAGGGAAGAUGCAGGGAUGUAUUGGGGUUAUAAAGUACGAUAUGCUCCAAAUAUCAGUUCUGUAUUCAAGAAUUGCCCAUACAAGGAAGGGUAUGAUCACUUGAUUGGUACCUCAGAGCACGGUGUUGUAAUGAAGUCCUCAGAUCUGACUCUCCCAUCAUUCAGGCACCUGCUAAUUGCUUUUGGUGGACUUGCGGGGUUGGAAGAGUGUAUAGAAGAAGACAAUAACUUAAAGGGGAAAAAAGCGAAGGAGAUAUUUGAUAUAUAUUUGAAUACAUGUCCACAUCAAGGAAGCAGGACAAUUCGAACAGAGGAAGCCAUCUUCAUUUCUCUGCAAUACUUACAAGAGCCAGUCAACGGUGUUUUGCAGAAGAUUUAGUACCUUGGAAUUUACCAACCAUCUCAAGAACCCAGGAUACAUGAUGAGUCUUCUGUAUGACCUCUUCUGAGCUGAGAUAUUGAAGAUAUUCAAAGCGAGGAAAUCACGGGUUAUUGCAGUUGGUGGUGGCUCCUCCUGGUUUGGGGAAUUCACUCUGAGUUGGUUUUGAAUGCGUCAAGGAGAAUUCACCUGACUGUACUCUUCUGCCGAUGCUGCUAUUAGUUUCUGACAAUGGCAGCCCACCCAAACUUCCAACCUCAAAGCCUGUUUGCGAAAAUCGAGUUGUCCGGUCCUCAAGUUCUGUUACUUUUUCGGACCAUAGUUCCCAUUUAAUUAAUAGUUUCUUCUUCUGUACCCUCUUUUUGACAUAAAUCUAACAAAAGGUAGGUGGAACAUGAUUAGAAGUUUGAGCUCUGGGGUUCGGUAGGCUUUGUGUCAGUUGAUAUUCAGGUUCAGCUGAACUGAUUGACAACCUCUUUUUGUAAACGUCAUGAGUAGCUGGGAGCUUCCAUUAUAUAAUUCUUGUAAUUUAUAAAUUGAUGGAGUUUUGAAUGAACGGAAA